AUGGCGACGCCGGUCACUGGCAGCCCUGUCCAGCUGCAGGCAAUUCGUGAAGUGGAGGGGCCAGCGCUGGAGUUGGUGGCCCGGAUCGCCCCGCGGCAUCCGCUUUUCGGCGUCGCAGCUGCUAUGGCGCUGGUGGCAGCACUGGGUGUGCUGGUGGCCUUCAUCAUCUUGCAGGCUCGCGCCGGCGGCGGGUUUUUCAGCCGAAAGCCUCGCUGUAAGAUCUGGGAAUCCGCAUCUGUCCUCCAGUGCUCCUAUCCCAGUUCCCUUUGUGGCCUUUUCGAGAUGCCCCUUCCGCCGAUCUCCGUUGCCUUCGCCGAGGACAGCGAGCUGGGCGAGCCCACGAAGCCCGUCUUUGCAGUGGAGUGUGCUGCAGACCCCGCAGCAAAGCAGGAUGCCAGUGCCGUCGCGGCAGAGACACCCGAAGCCGGGGGUGAGGACUCGGGCAAGGAUUUGCCAGACGGCACCAGGACCUCGGAUGCCCCACCGGCACCGGAAGCAGCAAACGUCACAGCACAGGCCGAGAAAGCAGCGGAUGACGGGGAGGAAGCCGAACAGGCAGAAGCGGAGGAGGAGGAGGCAGAGGAGGCCACCGGCAAGCGCAAGCGCCGGCAAGGCCUGCGUGCGCGCGUGCUGGCGGAGCUGAAGUCCACCAGCCCUUGCGACCUGAAAACACGCCUCGAGUCAGAGCUCAUCGAGCAGGACGCAGUGAUCGCCGUGGCGAAGGAAGUCGAGGCAGGGAAGCAGAAGCUGGUGGACGAGGCUUUGGCGGAGGUGGAACACCUGAGCCAGGCAGUGAAGGAGGCCUCGCAGCAUGAGGAGACGGCUUUGGGCCUUGCCAAGGAGCUGCGGAAACGCAAGAAGGAGGCAGCGAAGGAGUGCUCAGAGCGCCAGAAGGAGGUGCAGCACCACGAGGAUCUGCUCUUCCUUUUGGGCUUCGAGGUCGAGCGGCGCCGGAAGCUCAAGGAAGCGGAGGCCAGCAUGGAGUCCGAGAAGGACGCCAAGCGCCAGAAGAUCCUGGAGCUGCUGCAAGUAGCCGAGGAUGCUAAGAAGGCCCAGGAUGAGAUGCGCCAGCGAGAGAAGGAAGCCCGGCAAGCGGUCCGCCAGCUUGAAAAGGAGCAGAAGCAGCUGCAGCUCGGCCCUUUUGGCCGUCGUCAGGUGGCCGCGCGAAAGGCCAAGGCAACGAAAUGCACGGAGGACUCAGAAGAUCCGAAGGAAGCUGCCAGCGAGACCAGUGCGCCCGUGGUCGAUCUCCUGGUCCCUGUUAAGAGGGAAGGCGCCCUGACGCCCUUCCCCACGCACCCGCGGACGGAGGAGAACGUGGUGAUCAGCAUCGAAGACUCUCAGUGA